AAUGUGGUUCUUUAUAAGAGUUGCCUUGGUCAUGGUGUCUGCUCACAACAGAAAAACCCUAACUGAGACACAAGUCUACUCCCUUCAGCACCAUAAAAAAGCCACUGGAUGGUUUAUAGUUCAGUUCUAUUGCCCAUCUUAGAAUGGUCUUGGAGCUUAGUACCAUGUAAUUAGGGGACCACUAGUCCCUCUUUUUGUUUGUUUAUCUGUCAUUGGACAAUUCUGGACCAUGUAGCUAUUGGCAUGAAUGUCCAAUGACCCUUUGUGGAGCCUCAUUUGCCUUGUGUAUGUUUUCUCAGAUGGAAAUCCUGGGUGAUAUCAUCAUUAGUAGUUUUGUUGAGUAAUUCCUGUACAGUUGUUCUUGGUGCUGGUUUACACUCUCUGAAGAAUGCACAAGGCUCUGCAGGAUCUGCCCCCUGGAAGCCUGUGCUUCCAGGGCUGUUUUGAUAAAACCACAAAGUGAGGUUGUGGCCUCAUUGUCCUAAUAAUAAGUGACAGUGGGCAUUGUUUAUGUGAUUGUUGGCUGCUUGUCUGCUCACUUUGCAGAAAUGUCUGUGCAAGCCUUAGGCUCAUACUUCCUACAGAUGUCUGAUAUACAAUUUUGUUUCUGACUUUUACUGUCUAGUCAGAUGUUUGGAGUGACAUUAGUUCUUCCUCUCAUGGAUUGCUUCUCUUCUUCCCUUUUAACAGCGAACUUGUUAAAGAACAUUUGGUUUAAUUUGUUUAUUUAUUAUAUAUGUGUAGGUGGAUGGGUGUGCCAUGUGUGUAUGCAGAGGGAGUUGUUUCUACCAUAAGGAGUUAAAACACACCUUCUACUGUGUGGCUCCAAAAGCUCAAACUCAGACUGUUUGGAUGGGUGGCUAAUGUUUACCCACCAAGCCAUUUCAUCAGCCAGGCAGUGACCUGUGUCAUGGAUGUCUUUAACUAUUACGAAAACCCAGUUUGGCUUUAGUUCUUGGAUGCUUGGGCUAUGUUCUUUGUGACCGGAAGUCUAUUUGGAUUGCAGAACAGUUUUACAAACCCCAUCUACUUAUUUAGAAUGGAGGUUGGUGCAGUGUCAUGAUCCUGCUCAUCAGUCCCCUUUCUGUGCAUUUUAGAAAUACACAAAAUACUCCUCCAGGAAUUAUCUAUGAGGUUGAUUCUCAAUGCUUUGCAUUGCAUUUCAUGCCAAGUGAAUAAUCUGAGGCAUUGAUUCUGUGCUUUGAAAUUUCCUAAGUAAUUGACCAUGGUAAUGGACCAUAGUCUCACUGGGGCCUCACACCAUGAGAGGUACAAUGAACGUCCAGGGAUGAAAGUGUAACCAAUGCUAGCCAACCUCAGCCAUCAAUUGUCCAAACACAGGUUUCUCAAGACAGCCCUCAAGAGUCAGAAUCAUCCUGAGUAAACUCCCCCUUCUGAGAAUGCUUAUGAAAAGAAAAAAUACCUAGAGAUGGCUCUUAAACUCACAUUGGUUAUUAUUUCACUGAAAGGCAAAAAAGGGAAAUAAACAGUGCACAAGACAGAGUCCAGGAGAGAUGUUCCCAUGUUCCAUCUGUCCACUUCCAGAGAGUCCAAAGGACAGCAAUCAAUUAUCUGUACACAUGACUGCAGAGAAUUGGAAACAUGGGAGACCUACUGCCCACUGAUGUCCAGGUUCUCAGUCCCAGUUUCCUGUUGUGGACAUGGCACACAGUCAGCACCUCUGCUCAUCUUAGAUAAUGUCAUGUAUGACACAGACAGGAAGAGAUGAGAAGUCCAAUGUGUUGUCCCAGACCGACAUGCAGGUUUAAUCAUCUGGCACCAGAAGUUAUUCUACUAGGGUCCUGGAGCCAACCUGGAGGAACCCAACAGCCGGAGUCUGUCAGUAACCUGAGGAAGUUGUCUCCCUAGUCCCCUGUCUGAUCAUGAUCCAGGCUAGUGUCCUGUCUAACAUGUAGGUCUCCUUUCAAGACAAAUUGGGGCUCAGGAAAGUCCCUUGUCUCUGCCACAAAAUAUGGUGCCAUUCUAUCAAAACAUGAAUCUUGAUUGGGCAGGGCCAAGAAUCAUGGAUAGGAAGAGAGAGCAGGCUUAGAGUAUUCAAGCCAGCAAUAAACAUGGAGUCACCCACAGGCUCCAGUGAUACAGACAUGGUCAGUGCAGGGGAGGUAUGGACAGCUGAGAGGAGGAGAGUGGUGUGUAGUCCUUUCUGUAGGGUUGCAUGGUGUGGUCUCUAUUCAGCCCCUGCCUCCCUUCUGCCACACAGAAGGUGCAGCAGAGAUAUCCUACCUAGAUUCUACUGGGACUUCUGAGCCUUUGAUCUUCAGAGGUGUGGAUCCAACAAGGACAGGGACUGAGCCUAUGCUGACCCUAGUGAAUGGUGAGCUGGCAUGUGCUGUGGCACAGCAGUGCCCAGCACACAAGUACCAUUUGUUGGAAGACUCAGGAGCCAUCUUUCUGUUUUCUUCAAUGCAACCCAUCCUGACCAUAGCCUUUGGCCUGAAGAGAAGUCUGCCUUAUCUAUGUUAAUGUGGAAGACUGUUGCCAGGAGAGAUUGACACACCAAGGAACAGAGAGUGAAUAAGAGACAGAUGCCAGCAUAUGACAAGUACCUGAACCAACUUAGAGGCCCACCAAGAUUCCCAGACCAUUUCUCAGCUUCCUCAGACUGGAUCUCAGAGAUGUGGCAUUUUAUAUCUUCCUGUCUGAUCAACUGAGUGACUACAGACCUGUAGUGAAGAUUGUAAAUACUCUAGUUCCCUUCCCCCAGUGGCCCUCACUCACCCACAGGGAAUCCAGCUGCUCUCCCCCAUGCCCUUCCCUUACCCAUAGGGGUUCCAGCCUCAUUUCCGCUAAUGCAGGAGACAGCUCUGACAGCUCACACACCCAGAGAAGCCAUUGACUGAAUGCCAGUCAACCCCCAUGUCCUGCCAAAAAACAAACAAACAAACAAAAACCCUGCUCUACAAAGUACUAGAAGGUCUUAUCUCUCUGUUAGGCAUGUCAUCAAGCCACCAAAGCUUUGAAUGUGUACCAUACCAGAUGAUUUUUCUGCACACAAUGAUCAGAUCAUCCACCUUGAAGCAGAGGUCCACUGGACAUUUACCUACCAUGCUCAGCUGAGCAGAAUCAACUUGCUCAGCUCGAAAGAGGGACUGAUCCUCUCUGGCCCCUCCCUACACUUGGACAAACAAAACACAGGAUUAGGGCUGGAGGCAGAGGACAAAGGGCAACCCUGGCACUCCUUGUAUAGUUUCAGGAUGCAAGCUCAAGGCUUCUUGAUCCUAGGUGUUGUAUUGAGUGUUGUCCAUUGGCCUCUGGGAAGCCUGGGCAGCAGUGGGGCAGUCAUGGAGCUGCUGACUGGGACUGGCUUGUGGCCUGUGGCCAUAUUCACAGUCAUCUUCAUAUUACUAGUGGUCCUGAUGCACCGACGCCAGCGCUGGACUUCUCGCUACCCACCAGGCCCUGUGCCAUGGCCUGUGCUGGGUAACCUGCUGCAGGUGGACCUACAUAACAUGCCAUACAGCUUGUACAAGGUGAAUAUAGUAGGGGAGUAUGGUAACUGAUGUUAUGGUGUCCUUAGCAGCACAUAGUGGGGGUUAAGCAACAAGUCAUACAGGGAUCUGGGCCCCCAAGAAGAAACAGGCUUAUCAAUUUUUUGGUGGCAGCCACUGGGACUUUCUCGGGCAAAAGUUUUGGAGGUUAUGGUCCAGGAGGUGAAGCAGGAUGUGACAACAAGGUUCAGUCUAGUUGGGGAGGACAGCAGGCAUAGAGGUGCCAAGUCCCUUAUGAUCCUGUCAAAGCCGAGGUCUUGGCCUGCUGGGAGGUCUAAUGCACCACGUCAGCCAGAACACUGAGUGGAGAGAGAAGAUGUUACUGCUGAAGAUCUUGCCACUAUGUGCUCUCUGGCCACAUUGCCCAUCUGGAGGAAACAGAUUUUCUUCAUGUGUGAUGAAAUGCUAAGGGUCCCCAGGACAAUUUUGUGGCUCUGGCAAUGUAACAACUGGGUGGUCACAUCUACUGUGAUUCCUUUGCUGAACUUAAAAGAUAAGACAGUGGUAGGCAUCCUCAGGCUGGGGAUGGAGCUUAAGAAUGAACAUUUUUCUUGGAUAUAUGAGGAAGAAGGUUUACACACACACAUCCAUGUGCAUGCACACAAACAUUCACACACACACACACACACACACACACACACACACACACAAACUGGAACCCAUAUGUGCAUGUUCAACACCUUGCCCAUGUUUGCAUAGUGAGCCAGGUUCUAUGAUACGUGGGGACGACUACUUCCUAUGUGCUCUGUCCCUCUACUUCUGCUUCACAACCGCUAUGGUGAUGUGUUCAGCCUGCAGAUAGGCUGGAACCACAUGUUCGAGAUCAACAGACUGAAGGCAGUACAGGAAGCACUGGUGACCUGUGGAGAAAACAUUGCUGACCACCCUGAAAUGCCCAUCUUUCCACACCUAGGCUAUGGACAAAAAGCUAAAGGCAAAAGGCUGUGUGGGGGCAGAGAUGGCAUCAAAGCCAGACAAGGGGGACAGUGAGCAAAGGAAGGCCAGAUCAUGAUGCAGGUGUUAAUGUAGUUAAGCUUUGCAACAGAAAUCCAUUGUGGAGCCUCCUGAGCAUGGUGGAGGGUGGUAGAGACAUGUACUGGAGGAAGGGGUAUGGGGUCCACCGACAAAGAAGAAGAGAAAUGAAGGUGGGAGAGGGCACCAAAGCCUGGUGUCCUUGGUUUUACACAGAUGUAUCUGCAGGUGUGGUCCUUGCUCCUUAUGGGCCUGAGUGAAGAGAGCAGAGGCGAUUCUCUGCGUCGACCCUGUGCAACUUCAGCCUGGGCAAGAAAUCACUGGAGCAGUGGGUGAUGGAAGAGGUUGGACACCUCUGUGAUGUCUUCACUGCCCAUGCUGGGAGUCCCCUCAAUCCUUACCCUCUCUUGGACAAAGCCGUGUGCAAUGUGAUUGUGUCUCUCAUUUAUGCUCAUCGCUUAGAGUAUGGAGACCCUGACUUCAUCAAGAUGCUAAAAGUAUUGAAAGAGAACAUGGGAGAAAAUAUUGGCUUGUUUCCAGAGGUUCUGAACACAUUCCCAAUUCUCCUACACAUCCCAGGGUUGGCUGACAAAGUCUUCCCUGGGCAAAAGACAUUUCUCACAAUAGUGGAUAAGCUGGUGACUGAGCACAAGAGGACCUGGAACCCGGACCAGCCACCUCAAGACCUGACUGAUGCCUUUCUGGCUGAGGUGGAGAAGGCAAAGGGAAACCCUGAGAGUAGCUUCUAUGGUGCAAAUCUACAUCUGGUUGUCCUUGGCCUGUUGGGUGCUGCAACUGUGACCACCUCAAUCACACUGUCCUGGGCUCUGCUGCUUAUGAUCCUGCAUCCGGAUGUGCAGUGCCAAGUACAACAGGAAAUUGAUGAGGUCAUUGGGCAUGUGUGGCUUCCAGAGAUGGCAGACCAGGUCCGCAUGCCCUUCACCAAUGCUGUCAUUCAUGAGGUGCAGCGCUUUGCAGAUAUCAUCCCAAUGACUUUGCCACACAGGACUUCUUGUGACAUUGAAGUGAGGGGCUUUCUUAUCCCUAAGAGGAUGACUCUCAUCUCCAACCUGUCCUCCCUGCUGAAGGAUGAGACUGUCUGGGAGAAGCCCCUCUGCUUUCAUCUUGAACACUUCCUGGAUGCCCAAGGCCACUUUGUGAAGCAUGAGGCCUUCAUGCCAUUCUCAGCAGGGUGUAGAUCAUGCCUGGGGGAACCCCUGGCCCGCAUGGAGCUCUUCCUCUUCUUCACCUGCCUCCUACAGCGCUUUAGCUUCUCAGUGCCUGAUGGACAGCCCCUUCCCAGUGAUUAUGGCAUCUAUACAAUGCCAGUUACUCCAGCACCCUACCAGCUCUGUGCAGUGGUUCACUAGCAGGGGCAGUGGCUCCAGCCAUCAUCACAGAUUGUUCUGACUGAUGUCCACACACACAAUCUGUGGAACAUAGCUUCUUUGUGCUCUCAGAAAACAAUUCCUACAAGAUUUAAUCUCACUGAUGCUUCUCUCUUCUUAUUCACCAAUAAUUUGUUAGCUCCAGCUAAACAGCCACAAUUGUUCCUACUACUAUUACUACUACUACUGGCAGCUAUACUUGAUAAGGUGUAAGACUCACCAAAGUGGUACCAGUUUUGAAGGCAGGAAGGGGUCAUGAAGAGCAGCUGAGUAUUGGUACUGUGAGAAGCCAUAGAAGGCUAUUAGUGUAGGUGCAGCCUCAGUUGCAGUUAACAGUUUAGGAGUGAAGGGGUCAUGCAGAUUUGAGGUUAGGCACCAUGAAGAGAAUCUAUGGGAGCUGUUGAUAAAGCUUACUUGCUGCAGAAUACCUCAGCAUAUUGGAGAUGCCAGUACCAUGGGCUGAUCACCAAGAACAGCAGCAGCAGUGGAGUGGAUCAAUCCGU